AUCUAUAAAAGGCUCAGUACCCUCCUCAACCCUAAUCACUAUAUCCCAAAUAAGAAACUCUCUACCCAUCACUUGAUUUUUAUCUCUCCUCUCCUCUCCUCUCCUCUCCUCUCUCUAGCUUAAGACCAGAACCAUCUGAUUAUAUAUAUAUAUAUAUUGGAAUGGAGACGAAGGUGCUAUCGACGGGGAUCCGGUACUCAAACCUGCCGGAAAGUUACGUGAGGCCGGAAUCGGAGAGACCCAGGCUGUCGGAAGUCGCCCAGUGCGAGAACGUCCCCCUCAUCGAUUUGGGUUCUAAGGACAGAUCCCAAAUCAUCCGUCAAAUCCGCCAUGCCUGCCGCGACUAUGGCUUUUUCCAGGUGAUAAAUCACGGGGUGUCGAGGGAAGCGAUGGAGGGAAUGAUGGGGGUGGCGGAGGAGUUCUUCGGGCUGCCGGUGGAGGAGAAGAUGAAGCUCUACUCCGACGACCCGUCAAAGACGGUGAGACUCUCCACCAGUUUCAACAUCAAGAAGGAAAAGGUUCACAACUGGCGAGACUAUCUCCGGCUCCAUUGCUACCCUCUCGACCUCUACCUCCCCCAAUGGCCUUCUUCUCCUCCUUCCUUCAAGGAAACAGUGGGAAAGUACUGUGAGGAAGUGAGAGAGCUGGGGUUCAGACUGCAGGAAGCCAUAGCAGAGAGCUUGGGACUGGAGAAAGACUACAUAAAGAAGAUGUUGGGAGAGCAGGGACAGCACAUGGCCGUCAACUACUACCCACCGUGUCCGGAGCCAGACCUCACCUACGGGUUGCCCGGACACACCGACCCCAACGCCCUUACCAUCCUCCUUCAGGACCCCCACGUCGCCGGCCUCCAGGUCUUCAAGGACGCCCAAUGGCUCGCCGUCAAUCCCCACCCCGACGCCCUCGUCGUCAACAUUGGCGAUCAGUUACAGGCGGUGAGUAAUGGGAGUUACAAGAGCGUGUGGCACCGAGCGAUUGUGAACGCGGACAGGGCGAGGAUGUCGGUGGCUUCCUUCCUCUGCCCCUCCGACGCGGCGCUCAUCGGCCCCGCCGAGGCCCUCCUCCAUGACGGCUCUGCCCCCGUUUACAGGAGCUUCACCUACGCAGAGUAUUACAAGAAGUUUUGGAGCAGGAACCUAGACCAUGAUCACUGCUUGGAGCUUUUCAAGACCACUCCAAGCCGGCCUUAAUUGGGUUUGUUUUAAUUUGUUGUUGCGAGCGAGCUUUCCUUGGUUAAUUUAAUUUCUACUGUAAUUUAAGCUUAAUCGGUUUUCAAUUUCUGGCGCUCUGUACAAUAAUUAAUUAAUUAGUUGAAGGACUAAAGAUGGCAGUACCCUGUCGGUCUCUCCUGUACUGAAACUGAAAAUCUAGAACCUCAGAGCAAGUGGACAAGCUGUCUUAUUUUAUAUUGUAGCAUGGCAGUUGUAUGUUUGUUUUGUUCUAUUUGAAUUGAGAAUUUGUAGAAUAGUUGUAAUGGAACAGGCAAGUCCUUAAUAAAUUCUGCUUCACUCAAAA